AUGAAUAUAUAUAAUAAUAUUCAAGACUUACCAUAUGUAUUGAUAUCUAAAAUAUUAAGUUUCAAAGAUAUCACAGUUUUAGAUUCAAUAUGCUUUAGUUUAAUAUGUAAAAAGUUAUAUCAAAAUAGAGAUAGAUAUUUGACGUUCGGUAAUCGACAUCUUUCAUAUGCUCAAGCUCAAUUGAUUUACAAUAGAAGUAAUCAUGUGACAUUGAGAUCAUAUAUUAAUCAAUUUCAUCAUAUAUUGAAUCGUAUUAGAUCUUGUUAUCUAUUGAUAUGUGAUGUAUCUACUAUUGACAAGAGAUCAAAUUACUAUGAUUAUUUAAUAGAUAACCCUAAAAUGAAUAGUAGUGAUACUCUUUUAGGUAAAAUACCUGCGAAUGUAAAGAGUUUAAGAGUAGAACAUUGGAAAGAUAAUCAAACAUUUGAUAUUUCAGAUAGUUUUCAAAGUAUUGAGAACAUUUCGAUUCUCUCACAAUUCAAGAAGUUGACAACAUUCAUUGGAUUCAAAUUCGAGUGGAUCAAUUCACUUCCACCAUCUAUCACCACACUUAAAUUUGCCAAGAGCGAUCUUGUAUCAAUAAAAAUAGAACCAGGUAUCCUACCUUCGACAAUCACCGAUCUUGACUUUGGUGACAUGAGAAACUUCAAAUUACAAUCUGGAAGUAUACCUUCGAGUGUCAGAAAUCUGAAGCUUCGUUUCUUUGAACAUAGUCUCGUUCCAGGUAUCAUACCAAACAGUGUCAAAGAAUUGGAUCUCUCCUUUGUAGGCCAAGAUUUCUCACCUGAAUCGAUACCAAACUCUGUGGAAUCAUUGAUAAGUCCCAGUUUUCCAUAUUCAACAAAAUCAGAGUUUUUAGGAAUUCUUUCACUUCCAUCGAUCAAGAGCCUUUCAUUCAAUACAUACACUCAGUUAAGCAGAUUGCCACCAAAUUUGGAAUCACUUAAAUUCUAUGGGCGCAAUAAUCCGGUCUUGUAUUCAUUGUUACCACCAACCUUAAAGAAACUCACAAUCAAUAAUUCAUCUCUUGCCAAAGAUAUAUUAGAUAACAACGCACACCAACCUAAAAGAUUGAUAUUGAAAGUUGAUUAUCCAUAUUUCAACAAAAACACAUUGGAAGAUCUCCCACUUUCAGUUGAGAUCAUCAAAAUCAAUUCCAAUAUAGAACUUCGAAGAUAUAACAAAUCAACUCAAUUCAUUGGAUACAAUCGAGAUUAUCCUGUGAGUGGGGGAUUUAUAACAACAACCAAACAGUUAAGAAAUUUAAUUAAUAAUAAGAAAACUUACGUAUUGUUAGGUCGUAUAGGGUUUGGUACAUUCUCAGAUACAUUAAAACCAAACACAAUUCAAUUCGAUGGUACAUCAUCUCUAGAUGUCAAGAUAAAGUCUUUCUGUGCUGAAAACAAUGUUGUUUGGAUGUGUGGAGAAUCUAAACAAGGUCAAUCGGGAAACUCACAUUUCGAAUCGGUUGUAUCACCGACCGUAAUCGAUGGAAUCGUUGCAACCAAGGUUAGGUGUUGGGAUGUUAGUCUUGCCAUUGGUUUGAAAGGUGAACUUUAUAGCUGGGGUCCUUCUUCACUAGUUGGUUUUAUUAACCGUCAAAAUAAUGACAUUGAUGCUGACAAUGACAAUGGGAAUAAUCAAUUUAUAUCGAUUCCAACUAGAGUGAUAUCACUUUCAAAUGUUAGCGUUAGCUCUGUUGCUUGUUCAACAUUUCAUUGUACUGCUAUCAGUGAUGCCGGUGUAGUAUAUUCAUGGGGGUACUCUGGUUAUGGUCGUCUUGGAGUAGUAGAGCUGACCGUAGAGCAAAUAAACAAUGAUGAACAAGUUAACAUACCAACGCUAUUAACUUCACUAUCUACUAAAACACGCAUACAGAAAGCAGAGUGUGGUCAAUAUCAUACACUGUUUCUUACCGAUGACAAUCAAGUAUAUUCAUGUGGAUCGGGUGAUGCUACCGGAAUAGAUAUUGAAAAUCAAGAUACUCCAUAUUUGAUUGAACCAACAUUAAUAGAAUCAUUAAAUGAUAUCGUUGAUAUCGCAGCAGGCUACUAUCAUAGUUUAGCAUUGAACAGAGAAGGUAGAUGUUUUGUAUUUGGAGCAAAUUACAACGGUCAAUUUGGCAAUGGGAAUAUCGAUGACGGACAAUCAGAACCAACAAUGAUUAAUGCAUUGUCUGACAUAACUAUCAAGUCUGUUUAUUCUGGUGCAUGUCAUAACUGUUUAAUCUCUGAUAAUGGAGAACUUUAUGUAUUUGGUGGUGCAUUGGUUGAAAGUCCAACCUAUAGAAUGAAUGUAGCAUUAGGAGAUGGUUCUGGUGGUUUUAAAACAUUGCAAUUCCCUGUUCAUACAGAUACAGAGGAAACAGUUAUCAUUGAGAAUAAACUAUCAAUUAAACCAGUAUCAUAUCUUACAAAUAUAGUUGAUGAUACCAAUGAAACUAAAGAUAAUGAUAACAGCAAUAACAUAGCGAUGAAUAAAGAAGAGAAAGAUCAUCUUAACUUUUUGUUAUCCGAACAGUUGCACCAGUCAGAAGCAUCAAAUAAUCUAGUACCGCAAAGGUUGUCGAGUAUUGAAAAUGUAGUUCUUGCUGCAUCCGGUGGUUGGGUUCAUACUAUGGCUUUAACCAAGCCAAACAAAGUAAUUCCGUCACUAAAGCAUUUAGUAAUCGAUAGAAUAUCUAAGCUACUAUUGGAAUACUCUGUCGACGAUCUAAAACUAUCUAUUCCAUCAGAUUUGUUCCCAGAGAUUAACUCUUAUCUGUUAUUAACGAGAAAACACAAUGAUCAAACAUUAAGAUUACUCUCUAGUCUAGUAACUAGCGAUGACUCUACAACUGACAACAAUAACGAUAGUGAAUCGUCAUCAGGAUGGAAUUCAUACCUUGACAUUCUAUCGAAUAACUAUCAAUUCCACCAUUCAUAUAUUUAUUCUUUAGAAUACAAAUCUAUUUUAGCAAGUAAUUUCAAUGAUGAAUCAAACAAAGAAAUUAAAAGUAUUAUCAAAAAGAUCGAUGAUAAUAAUAAUAAGUUUGAAGAUUUAGAUUUGUUGGAAAUAGUAAUUGAUUCAGUCAAACAUAUUAUCAUUUCUAAAGGUCAUACCUCAAUUGUUGCUGUCAAUUAUUUAAAACACAAACUCUACUUGUAA